AUGACGGAGUCGGACAAGGUUGGGCCGCUCAGCACCCAGCAGUGCUGCAGCCUGCCGUCAAUCAUACGUGUCCUCUGCCUACCUCAAGCACCGGAACGCCGGAGCCUGUACGAGCUGGAUCUGUGGGUGUGCCCGCCCAACAACCGGCGCUCGUCGCGCCACUUCACGCCGGCCUUCUUUCGCGAGCACCCCGCAUGCACCCACCGCCUCAUCCCAUGGCUCAACCGGGAACUCGUGGCCCUCCUGGGUGGUGGCGAGGCGCAGAUCACCUUCACCACCGAGCUCGUGCUGGCGCUCAUUACGCGCUACGACGUCUGCAGCCUCGAGUUCGCCGAGCACGUGCGGCCCUUCUUCGGCACCCGGACGGCGCACUUCCUGCACGAGCUGUCCGCAUUCGUUUCGUCGCCGCUCGACAUGGUCGCCUACGACCGGGUCGCCGUGUACGACACCCGAGCCAAUGUUGUGGCACGUGGAACGCCCGCUGCGGAGUUCCUGCAGACGCCGGAGUCAUCGCCCGAAGAUACCUCUCCUGUGGCGCCCAUAACGCUCGGCGCACACUCGGACCCGAGUCAGCCGGGUCCCAGUGGCCUGCACCACAAUGCGACGGUCAAUUUGGUGGAGACGGAAUCGGACAACUCGGACUGCAUCGUAGUGAGCUCGGUCAUGCCUGCAGUGCCAACGCGGCCGAGGACACCAAUUUUCAUUGAGCUGUCUUCCUCGGAUGAAGGAGACGCAGAGCGCCGCACCGCCGCGCCGGCUGUGGCAGCGGUGUCGACCACGCCCUCGCAGAAGCCCACCCGGAGGUGCAAGCCCAUGGCUCGCAAGAAACGCUUGCUCCAGUUGUGGUCCAGCAAUUCGGACACGUCUACGGCAAGUGACACGGACUCCGACGACGGUGGGGUCGACAGGGCAGAGCAGCGCCUGCGGCGGAGAGUGGCGAUGAUGCGACGUAAACGGUCGAGGGUGCUGCCACCUCGAAAUGCCGCGGCAGCGCCGGCCAGAGCUGCGAGCGGUGCCCCCUCCUUACCUGCCCGACCUGCCACCGCCGCUGCUGCUGUUGGCGACCACCCUUGCACGUCUCUGUCGGGCCAUCAUACGCGGGAAAACGCGGUGCGAAGGAAUCGGACAAAAAAGCCUGUGCCAGCAACACGAGGGGUCAAUUCUUCCGACGACGAAUACUAA